CAGUUCUGGACUGAGCCUUUAAGAAUCAAGUCUCUGUCAUACACUGUCCAGAUAUUCAGUGAUUACUUCACUGAAAGAAUAGUUUUUGUGUCAUUUUUCAUUUUAUUUGUUGAUUAGCAUUGGAUACUGGGCAAAAUGAAGAAGGAAACCAAGACAAAAAUCUUGUUUUUUGUAAUAUUGGUGGGCUCAGUGUCCAUGUUAACAGCGGUGGUGACAGACCACUGGGCUGUGUUGAGUCCUCGAGUGGAGAAUGUAAACACAACUUGUGAGGCAGCCCACUUCGGCCUUUGGAGACUUUGCAAGAAAUACAUCUAUAUUGAGGAUGAGGCAUUUGUUGGUAAAAGCUGUGGACCUAUCAGCUUACCGGGGGAAAUCAACUGCUCUUACUUCAGACAUUUCACACCAGGCGAAGAUUCUGAAAUCUUUGAAGUUAAAACUCAGAGAGAAUACAACAUCUCAGCAGCAGCCAUAUCCAUCUUCAGUCUGCUCUUCAUGAUUCUGGGCACAUUGUGUGUGUUGUGUUCCCUCAGAAAGGGAAAGGACUAUAUGUACAAGCCUGCUGGGAUGUUCUUUGCUUUUGCUGGUCUGUGUGCCAUCAUCUCAGUAGAGGUAAUGCGUCAGUCAGUCAAAAGGAUGAUAGAAAGCAAGGACACUAUCUGGAUCGAGUAUUACUAUUCUUGGUCUUUUUCUUGUGCGUGCACGGGUUUUGUCCUGCUCCUCCUCAGUGGAAUUGGUCUACUGCUCGUUUCCAUGCCACAGAUACCAAGAAAUCCAUGGGAAACCUGCACGGACGCUGAGCCUGAACAGAUAUAGAGCAAGAACGCAGGUAAACCAUUGACUCACAAUAUACCUAGACCUCUUUGAUACAAAGUGAGAGCUUGACAAGCAGAGGUCAUUAAAUUAGCUCAGAAACUUCCUCCCACCCCUCUAAAAACUGGCACUGAACAAUAUAGGUUUGUAAGACCAAAAUCAUGCCAGAAAGUAUCCAAGCUUUUCAAUCUUUAUAUUAUUAAUGUCUAUAUGUCAAAUCUUUAAAUGUAAUAUGAAGAGUGCAGCUGUCUUUAUGAAACUGGAAUUUUUGUGUAACAAUUCUGUACAUAAACUUUCCCUGCAUGUCUGUUUAAGACACUGGAAGGGUUUAAAUGGAGAAGGGUUGAAGAACAAUUGUGAUUGCAAGGACUGAACAAUUGUGAUUGCAAGGACUUAUCUUGUUUAUUAACACCUGGUUAACAUAUUCGAAAAAUUAUGUUUUUUGGAAAGUUCAUCUGCACUAUUUUGCAGAUGGGGAGUAUUAAGAAAUAGGAAUUAGGAAUAAUAAAUCUCAAUAUUCAGUGGUGUAAUGCCACACAAUUUUGCUCCAGAAAGCAUUAUUCACAUCCAGUAAAUGAGUUUAGGAUGUUUUUUUUUUUUUUUUUUAGAUGUGUGAAUACUGCUUUAGUUUUGUGUAAAUCUAAUUUUAACAAUAAUUAUCUUUUGCCUUGGGUACAGUGUUGCUCUCAACUCUGAGCAGAAUGUAAAUGUUUGUUCUGCUGUGCUUACUGAAUGAUUGGCCAUUUUAGAAUAUCGUCAGGUCUUGCAGGUGCAUAGAAAAAUGGCAUCAGUAUCACCCUUAUGUGAAGGAGUAAAAUUACUCUUAGACUUUCAAAGUCUACAGCUUCCUGAAAUGCACCCUCAAACUGUGUUUAUAUGCUUGAAAUGGAUAGGUGUAUGAUAGUAUAUAAAUUUUGUUUCAAAUUUCUAAUUUGCUCAGUAUUUUUGCUGAUUAUAAUUUCCACAAUACUAGCAACAAUAGUUUUAAUACACUAAUUUUCAGCAGGUUUUCUUCAGGAUCUUUUCAGGAACUGUGGUAAUUUUGUGGUCUGCACAAACUGUUUAUCUGUUUUAAACAAACAUAGUUUUAUUAAAACAUAUAUUGCUGGAUUUCAAAAUGAUGGAUUUUGAUUGUGGGGAUCACUGUCACUGUCACAGUCACACUGCCUAAACAAACACCAUAGUGGUGUAGGAGCCAUAGCCUUUUGGGCAGCGCUCCAACAUCUAGUAAUACAUCCUUUAGGGUAACCCAAGUUCAAGUCACUGAUUCCUAUCUAUAACCAAGACCAACAAUAUAAUAAUAAUUAUACAAAUCCAGCUGGGUGAACAUACUGACCCCAAAAAAUCUUGGUGUUUUUCUGCUUGUGGGGGAAGUUAAAAGUCAUUUACUGAGGCAAAUACUUAAAAAUGCAAUGUCAUCGUGAAUACUUUGUAUUUAUUUCUUUUGAUGUUGUUUGCAUGCAGAACAAGAGGCCGGAUAUUUGGAUUGUAUUAUGCUACCCAGCAGAAUAUAUGUAUUUCUGAUAUUAGACCCCUAUGUAUUUCUAAUAAAAAAGGAAUAGGCUUACUCCUGUGUUCAUGCUAACAUU